AUGGCAAUGCGGGAGCUGGUGGAGGGCGAAUGCGGGGGUGCCAACCCGCUCAUGAAGCUGGCCGGACACUUCACCCAGGACAAGGCCCUUCGGCAGGAGGGGUUGAGGCCUGGCCCUUGGCCACCAGGAACCCCCGAGGCGGUUUCUAAGCCUUUGGGGGUAGCCGCUGAAGAUGAGUUGGUGGCUGAAUUCCUCCAGGACCAGAAUGAACCACUUAUAUCCCGUGCCCCUCAGACCUUCAAGAUGGAUGACCUCCUGGCAGAGAUGCAGGAGAUUGAACAGUCAAGUUUCCGCCAGGCACCCCAGAGAGCCCCUGGGGUGGCAGACUUGGCCUUGUCUGAGAACUGGGCCCAGGAGUUUCUUGCAGCUGGAGAUGCUGUGGAUGUAGCGCAGGAUUAUAAUGAGACUGACUGGUCCCAAGAAUUCAUCUCCGAAGUUACAGACCCUUUGUCUGUGUCUCCUGCUCGCUGGGCUGAGGAAUAUCUGGAACAGUCAGAGGAGAAGUUGUGGCUGGGAGAGCCUGAGGGAACAACUGCUAGUGAUCGCUGGUAUGAUGAUUAUCAUCCUCAGGAUGAUCUACAGCAUACUGCCAGUGACUUUGUGGCCAAAGUGGAUGACCCCAAAUUGGCUAACUCUGAGUUCCUGAAAUUCGUGCGGCAGAUUGGCGAGGGGCAGGUGUCCCUGGAGUCCGGUGCAGGGUCGGGCCGAGCUCAGGCAGAACAGUGGGCAGCAGAAUUUGUACAGCAGCAGGGUACAUCAGAUGCCUGGGUUGACCAGUUCACAAGACCAGUAAACACAUCUGCCCUUGAUAUGGAGUUUGAACGAGCCAAAUCAGCUAUCGAGUCUGAUGUCGAUUUCUGGGACAAGUUGCAGGCAGAGUUGGAGGAGAUGGCAAAACGGGAUGCUGAGGCUCACCCCUGGCUUUCUGACUAUGAUGACAUCACAACUGCUUCCUAUGAUAAGGGGUACCAGUUUGAAGAGGAGAACCCCCUGCGUAACCACCCCCAGCCUUUCGAGGAAGGGCUGCGGCGACUUCAGGAUGGGGACCUGCCGAAUGCUGUGCUGCUUUUUGAGGCUGCUGUGCAGCAGGAUCCUAAGCACAUGGAAGCUUGGCAGUAUCUGGGUACCACACAGGCAGAGAAUGAACAAGAACUAUUAGCCAUCAGCGCCCUACGGAAGUGCCUGGAGCUAAAGCCAGAUAACCGGACAGCAUUGAUGGCACUGGCUGUCAGCUUCACCAACGAGUCCCUGCAGCGACAGGCCUGUGAAACCCUGCGAGACUGGCUGCGCUACACACCAGCCUACGCCCAUCUGGUGGCGCCCGGGGAAGAAGGGGCCAGUGGCGCAGGACUGGGCCCAAGCAAGCGCAUCCUAGGAUCUCUGUUGUCUGACUCCCUGUUUCUUGAAGUGAAAGAGCUCUUCCUGGCAGCUGUGCGCCUGGACCCUACAUCCAUUGACCCUGAUGUGCAGUGUGGAUUAGGGGUCCUUUUCAACCUGAGUGGGGAGUAUGACAAGGCAGUGGACUGUUUCACAGCUGCCCUCAGCGUUCGUCCCAAUGACUAUUUGCUGUGGAAUAAACUAGGGGCCACCCUAGCCAAUGGAAACCAGAGUGAAGAAGCAGUAGCUGCAUACCGUCGGGCUCUUGAGCUACAACCAGGCUAUAUACGGUCUCGCUAUAACCUGGGAAUCAGCUGCAUUAACCUUGGGGCUCAUCGGGAGGCUGUGGAACACUUUUUGGAGGCCUUGAACAUGCAGAGGAAAAGCCGUGGCCCUCGGGGCGAAGGGGGUGCCAUGUCAGAGAACAUCUGGAGCACCCUGCGAUUGGCAUUGUCAAUGUUAGGCCAGAGUGAUGCCUAUGGGGCGGCUGAUGCUCGGGAUCUGUCCGCCCUCCUAACUAUGUUUGGCCUGCCCCAGUGA